AUGGCGGAUUCCCCUGAAGAUCUGGUCUCCGACAGUCUGCCAACUUCUGAGUCACUCCGAGCGGAGCAGCUGUACAGGCUCAGCCUGGUGUUUGGGGUCCACCCCGCACACCCCACUGUUCUUGGCAUUGGCCCCGUCGAUGGGCCGUGGAGACAAAAAGCCUUGGCAUCCACAGGAGGGAGAAGUGUUCAGGCAGCAUGUGACUGGUUGUUCUCCCACGUCGGCGACCCCUUCCUGGAUGACCCCCUGCCCCGGGAGUACGUCCUCUACCUCCGACCCACCGGCCCCUUAGCACAGAAGCUCUCCGACUUUUGGCAACAGUCGAAGCAGAUCUGCGGGAAGAACAAAGCCCACAACAUCUUCCCCCACAUCACCCUCUGCCAGUUCUUCAUGUGUGAGGACAGCAAGGUGGACGCCCUGGGGGAAGCCCUCCAGACCACGGUCAGUCGCUGGAAGUGCAAGUUCUCGGCCCCGCUGCCCCUGGAGCUCUAUACCUCCUCCAACUUCAUUGGCCUCUUCGUGAAGGAAGACAGCGCGGAGGUCCUCAAGAAGUUUGCCGCGGACUUUGCCGCGGAGGCUGCGUCCAAAACCGAAGUACACGUGGAACCUCACAAGAAGCAGCUGCACGUAACCCUGGCUUACCACUUCCAAGCUAGCCACUUACCCACCCUGGAGAAACUAGCCCAGAACAUCGAUGUCAAACUCGGCUGUGACUGGGUGGCUACCAUAUUCUCGCGAGAUAUCCGGUUUGCCAACCAUGAGACGCUCCAGGUGAUCUACCCGUACACCCCACAGAAUGACGACGAGCUAGAGCUGGUCCCUGGGGAUUUCGUCUUCAUGUCUCCGAUGGAGCAGACCAGCACCAGCGAGGGCUGGAUCUACGGCACCUCCUUAACCACGGGCUGCUCCGGACUGUUGCCGGAGAAUUACAUCACCAAGGCCGACGAAUGCAGCACCUGGAUAUUUCACGGUUCUCACUCCAUCUUGAACACGGCGUCUUCUAACGCCCUCUCAUUUGGCGAUGGUGUGGUGGACAGACGGCAGUAUGAGGACCAGGGCCUGGGGGAGACGGCUCCCCUGACUAUCAUCUGCCAGCCCACGCAGCCCCUGAGGGUCAAUAGCCAGCCUGGCCCUCAGAAGAGAUGCCUCUUUGUGUGUCGGCACGGUGAGAGGAUGGAUGUUGUGUUUGGGAAGUACUGGCUAUCCCAGUGCUUUGAUGCCAAAGGCCGCUACAUACGCACCAACCUGAACAUGCCUCAUAGCUUACCUCAGCGGAGUGGUGGUUUCCGGGACUAUGAGAAAGAUGCUCCGAUCACCGUGUUUGGAUGUAUGCAAGCAAGACUGGUGGGUGAAGCCUUAUUAGAGAGCAACACCAUUAUCGACCACGUCUACUGCUCCCCAUCUCUGCGUUGUGUUCAGACUGCGUACAACAUCUUGAAAGGUCUACAACAAGAAAAUCACUUGAAGAUCCGUGUAGAGCCUGGCUUAUUUGAGUGGACAAAAUGGGUUGCUGGGAACACCUUACCUGCGUGGAUACCUCCAUCAGAGUUAGCUGCAGCCAACCUGAGUGUUGAUACAACCUACAGACCUCACAUUCCAGUCGGCAAAUUAGUGGUUUCAGAAUCCUAUGACACUUAUAUUAGUAGAAGUUUCCAAGUAACAAAAGAAAUAAUAAGUGAAUGUAAAAGUAAAGGAAAUAACAUCCUGAUUGUGGCUCACGCAUCUUCCCUUGAAGCAUGUACCUGCCAGCUCCAGGGUCUGUCACCCCAGAACUCCAAGGACUUUGUACAAAUGGUCCGAAAGAUCCCAUACCUGGGGUUUUGUUCCUGUGAAGAACUGGGAGAAACUGGAAUAUGGCAGCUGACAGACCCACCUAUCCUUCCUCUUACCCAUGGACCAACUGGGGGCUUUAACUGGAGAGAGACCUUGCUACAGGAAUAAGCCACACCAGUGAAUGAGAUGGAAAGGCUUUAGCAAGCCUUUGGGAGAAGGGUCUUUCUGUGUGUUUAGUAAUAGUGGG